AUGAGAAACAUCCUUUCUAGUAAGCUAGCUCAGUUCACCUACGCUCAAAUUAUCGACGGUCUUCCGAUUGAAGACGUAGCCUGGGACCAGCGCAUCCCUGCCGUCUAUGGCAACCACCCCAUUGAGAACCACCCUGAACUCUGCCCCGGCGCUCUAGAGUUUGCCCUUGAGUACAAGGACAAGCUUGACUUUGAGCUCCUGUCUUUUCCCCGUGAGUUGACAACCAAGUACGUCCAAUCCACGCCUGAUAGCAAGGUUUUCAACGCUCGCCUCAUUGAGCUCGUUGCUAUGGCUUUGAAUGAAAUAGGGAUUCUUCUGUUCGAUGUUGGUAUCGAAGUUCACCAGGGAACGGGAGGUCGUUCCAUCGAGGCGAUCACCCACUGGAAGCAAGACCCGGAUGAUGAGACGCUUCCUACUAUGAUUUUGGGAGGUGUGGUGAAUUUUGGUAGGAAGGCUGAAGAACAGAAUCUUGCUCAACCGCCGAACGUCUACAUUAUUACUAGCCGGGCGGGGACUACGCCUAGGUACUGGCAGCUGUUGGAUAGUCAACAGGAAGGGUUGGUUGAUUUUUUCUUGAAGGAGGAUGAUGCCGGGAAGGGUCCGCUUCUGCUGAUGUGUACGGAGGAGAACAAGGUUAGGAUUGAUGAAAGGUUUGCGGUUGUGCCGAGGGGGGUGUAUAGGGAUGUUUGGGAACGGUUGCCGCCGUCGGAAAAGCAUAUGAGGCAUAUGGAUCGGAGGCCUAGGAGGGAGGGGGAUUACCCGAGGAUGGAACGGUGGAUUUGA